UUCAUUUAGUUUUUGCCACUAAGUAAUUGUUUUGUUUCCAUCAAAUGGCUUCUACCUUGAAAAGAUCAGAUUCAAUCACAGAUAGCAUGCCUGAUGCCUUGAGGCAAAGCCGUUUCCAUAUGAAGAAAUGCUUUGCUAGGUUUGUUGCAAGUGGGAAAAGGUUAAUGAAACAUCAACAUAUAAUGGAGGAUGUGGAGAGAACAGUUGAAGACAAAGUUGAGAUGAAAAAGCUUUUAGAGGGCAUGUUGGGUUACAUCCUCAGUAGCACUCAGGAAGCAGCUGUUGUGCCACCAUAUGUUGCUUUUGCAGUGAGGCCUAAUCCUGGCUUUUGGGAAUUUGUGAAAGUGAAUGCAGACGAUUUGCAAGUAGAAGGCAUUGAGGUUGUGGAAUACUUGAAGUACAAAGAAAUGAUAUUUGAUGAGAAAUGGGCUAGUGAUGCAAAUGCUUUGGAGCUAGAUUUUGAAGCUAUUGAUUUCACCACCCCUCGCAUGGCUCUUUCUUCUUCUAUUGGCAAUGGUCUAAACUUCACCACUAAGAUCUUGACCUCAAGAUUGAGUGAAAGCACUCACUCAAAUCCAUUGCUUGAUUACUUGUUGAGCCUUAACCAUCAAGGAGAGAGUUUUAUGAUCAAUGACACCUUGAAUACCAUGCCAAAGCUUCAGCAAGCAUUGAAAAUAGCUGAAGCGUAUGUAUCUGCACUCCACAAAGACACACCAUACCAGAAAUUUGAAGACAGGUUCAAGGAAUGGGGAUUCGAUAAAGGGUGGGGAAACACUGCAGGAAGGGUUAAAGAGACAAUGAGAAUGCUUUCUGAGGUACUAGAAGCAGCAGACCCAGUGAAAUUGGAAUCACUUUUCAGUAGGGUUCCAAAUAUGUUCAACAUUGUUAUUUUCUCUGUUCAUGGAUACUUUGGCCAAGCAGAUGUCCUUGGAUUGCCAGAUACUGGAGGCCAGGUGGUAUAUAUUCUUGAUCAAGUAAAAGCCUUUGAGGAGGAGUUACUCCAAAAGAUUGAGCUGCAAGGCCUUAAUGUGAAGCCUCAGAUUCUUGUGGUAACUCGUCUUAUACCGGAUGCAAGAGGGACCACAUGUAACCAAGAAAUGGAACCUAUCAUCAAUACUAAGCACUCUCACAUUCUUAGAGUCCCUUUCUGGACAGAGAAUGGAAUUCUUCGCCAAUGGGUCUCCCGUUUUGAUAUCUACCCUUAUUUAGAAAGAUUUGCUCAGGAUGCUACUGCCAAGAUUCUUGAACUCAUGGAAGAGAAGCCUAACCUCAUUAUUGGAAAUUACACUGAUGGAAACUUGGUGUCAUCCUUGAUGGCUUCUAAACUUGGAGUAACUCAGGCAACCAUUGCUCAUGCUUUGGAGAAAACCAAAUACGAAGAUUCAGAUGCCAAAUGGAAGGAGUUCGAUGAGAAGUACCACUUUUCAAGUCAGUUCACUGCUGACAUGAUUUCAAUGAAUGCAGCUGAUUUUAUCAUAACUAGCACAUACCAAGAGAUUGCAGGAAGCAAGAGCAAGCCAGGACAGUAUGAAUCCCACACUACAUUUACAAUGCCUGGACUUUGUCGCGUAGUUUCAGGCAUCAAUGUGUUUGAUCCAAAGCUCAACAUUGCUGCCCCUGGAGCUGAUCAAUCUGUUUACUUCCCUUUCGCCGAGAAAGGGAAGCGAUUGAUCACAUUUCAUCCUGCCAUUGAAGAACUACUUUAUAGUAAGGAUGACAGUGAAGAACAUAUAGGAUUUUUGGAAGACAUGAAGAAACCAAUCAUUUUCUCAAUGGCCAGGCUUGACAAAGUGAAAAACCUUAGUGGCCUAGUUGAGUGGUAUGCAAAGAACAAAAGGCUUAGGAGUUUGGUGAACCUUGUGGUUGUUGGAGGAUUCUUCAAUCCAUCCAAAUCCAAAGAUAGAGAAGAAACUGAAGAGAUCAAGAAGAUGCAUUUCUUGAUGAAGGAGUACAAUCUUAAGGGUCAGUUCAGGUGGAUUGCAGCACAAACCGAUCGCCAUCGAAACGGAGAGUUGUACCGUUGCAUUGCAGAUUCAAAGGGAGCUUUUGUGCAACCCGCAUUGUAUGAAGCAUUUGGUCUCACAGUCAUUGAGGCAAUGAACUGUGGAUUGCCUACUUUUGCAACAAAUCAAGGAGGACCAGCUGAAAUCAUAGUUGAUGGAGUCUCAGGUUUUCAUAUUGAUCCUUAUAAUGGAGAUGAAUCAAGCAACAAGAUUGCUGACUUCUUUGAAAAGUGCAAGAAUGAUUCUGAAUAUUGGAACAGAAUGUCAAAAGCUGGUCUUCAGAGAAUCAAUGAAUGCUAUACAUGGAAGAUAUAUGCUAACAAAGUAUUGAAUAUGGGAUCAGUUUAUGGAUUUUGGAGAAGGUUGAACAAGGAGCAAAAAUUGGCAAAGGAAAGAUACAUCCAUAUGUUCUAUAAUCUUCAAUUCAGGAACUUGGCAAGAAAGGUACCCAUUCCUAGUGAGCCACCCCAAGAACCUUCACAAAUGCCAAAAUCUCUUGUUCUAGCCAAAAGAUCAGCACCAAAAGCACGUCCUAGUAAAGUUCCAGAGCCUGCAAAAUUUGAAGCUCCUCUACCCCGAUUAACAGCACUACUACCACCAAAAAUUGAAGAUCACCCAACACCAAGUGAUAAAGAUGUGAACAAGGGAACGUCCAUUGCAGAAGAAAGUGGUGGAUUCUUUGGAUUACGUUGGCUGGUUUCCAUAAUUGCUUUUGUGUUCAUCAUCCAUUACUUCUUUAAGUAUUUGGACCAUCUGUUCUCAUGGGAGCAAUAA